AAAAAAAAAAAGAGAGAAAAAGGAGAGGAAUUUUGUUUCCUCUGAGGACCAGGAAUCCCAAUCGCCAAGGGACCGCCUGGUUUUUCUUUUUUCCUUCCUUUCGGUUUGUUCUUCCCAGAAAUUGUGAUUCUGCGAUCACCUUCUUAAUUCGAUUUCCAAACAGAAAAUUGAGAUCGUAAUGGCGGAAGAGCAUCGUUGCCAGGCACAGCAGCUAUGCGUCAACAACUGCGGUUUCUUCGGAAGCCCGACGACGCAGAACUUGUGUUCCAAAUGCUACCGUGACUUGCAGCUCAAGGAACAACAGGCGAUCGCUCUCAACCAAACUCUCAUCUCCUCUUCCUCUUUCGCUUCUCCUUCCUCGUCCUUCUCUCCCUCUCGUCCGUUUUCGUCCCCGCUGAACUCCGUCUCACCCGCGCACAAGGCACGGGUGGAGCGCGUGGUCGAAGCGAAGGAGGAAGAGGAGAAGGAGGCCGCGCCGUCGGCGGGGGCGCAGGCGAACAGGUGCACGACGUGCCGACGGCGCGUGGGGUUGACGGGGUUUAAGUGCAGGUGCGGGAUGACGUUCUGUGGGACCCACAGGUACCCGGAGCAGCACGCGUGCGGGUUCGAUUUCAGAGGGAUGGGGAAGGAGCAGAUCGCCAAGGCCAACCCGGUUGUGAAGGCGGAGAAGCUGCAUAAGAUUUGAGAGGAGGCGGCCGUUAAUAUCAUUAUUUCCAGGGUUGCCGUGGUCAUUUUACUUUUCGUGGUGUGGGAAAUUUGGGUAGGGGAUGGUUGGCUGAUGGUGUGGGUGGGAUAAUGCUAUUGCUUGGUCUUUGUAAAAAUUUAAUCAUAAUUUAAUGGUUUCCGCUUUUUUUC